CUUCACUUUCUCAGGCCCUGAAUCCGCCAAAACGUCCCGACUCGUCGCUAAAAACCUGCCCGGAACGUGUCCCAUGCCGCCAGUUUAACCUUCGCGGUCCUAGUCCAUUUCCAGACGCAGCACCAGGUGAGAUUUUUGACGUUGUCGCCCCUCAUUAUUUUUCGGAAUGAGUCGGGAUUUGUCCAAGUCUGACGCAGCACGCGGAACCGGGCAGCGCAACGUCGAGGUUUUAAUAUUCAAAAUGGGGGACCCGACUGCCAACAAGCAGCAAGAAGAUCAGCGAGCAGAAGCCCAACAAAACACCAGCAUGAGUUCGGAAAGCACCACGGAGGUUGCCAGCAGUGAUGCAGGUACUGCAUCAGCCACUACCACCACCGCCACGCCUGCUGCAGGUGUUCUCGCCGCAGCUGCAGCAGCCGCAGCCAAGACCCAGGCUGCAGCGGCAGUCGCCCAGCAGACGGUCACCCAGGUCCCCAUGGCCGCCACCUCGCUGUCCAUCCCCAUGCUGCAGGCACAGCUGGCCAACUCGGCAGGGGCCCAGCAGAUUGCCCAGAUACAGGCCCAGGCACAGCCGCAGUUCAUCGUCAAUGCUCAUCCGCAGAUGUUGUUACAGAGUCUGCCAUUGGCUCAGGCCGUUGCACAAAAGCAGCAGCCGCAGGUGUUCAGCCUACAGGGCUUACCCCUCAGCCAAGCCACUGCAGCAGCUGCUAUGGCUGCAGCUGCACAGAAGGUCCAGGCACAGCCCAUCGCUGUCAGCGCUGCUAACCUCGUCCAGCAGAGCAACCUGUCCCGCAUCCUGCAGGGCCAACAGGGGCUGCAGACCCAGCUGACCACCGCCACCAGCCAGCCCCAGACCUCCAUGGUGGCGGUCAGCCAGAGCCAGGCCCCAACAGUGCAGGCGGUCUCCCAGGCAGCGGCUACGACGGUACAGGCCCUGACAGCACAGCAGCUGCAGUUGCUGCAGCAGCAAGCGGCCGGGCCGGUCCAGUUGCCUUUCACAGACUUCACUAAGAUGUGGCAGACGGGGAACCAAAUGCCCACCCAGUUCCCAGGACAGAUUGGUGGACAGAUCCAGCAGCAGCAGCAGCAGCUGCAGCAGCAGCAACAGCAGCAGCAACAGCAGCAACAGGCUAAGAUAAGCACCCAGGUGCCCGGCACGCCACUGCAGCAGAUCAGCACCACAGACCUGCAGCAGCUGCAGCAGCUGCAGCAGCAGAACCCCAUGCAGCAGUACGUGUUCCUGCAAACCGGCCAGCAGGCCAACAUGCCGCAAUAUGUGCUUCUGCAACCCAAGAAGGUGGCGCCAAACAUGCAGCAGCAGUUUUUCCUUCAGCAGCAGGCCAACCAGCAGACCGGCUUGUUGUCCCAGCCGCAAAGUAGCUUGCUGCCCCAGAUCCAGGGUCAGCAGAACCUGAUCCAGGGUCAGACGUUCAUCGGAGCCCCGACGGUGCAGCAGCCGGCAGUGACUCUAGCAACGGUCUCCUCCGCACAGACUGGGGCCACGAUAGUUGCGGCAGCGCCAGCCAUCACAGCCCAGCAGCAGCUGCAGAUUGCCCAGGCCCAGAAGACCUCGGCCAUACAGCAAGCCGAGGAGUCCACUGACCUGGAGGAACUGGAGCAGUUUGCUAGGACCUUCAAGCAAAGACGAAUCAAACUGGGCUUCACACAGGGUGAUGUAGGGCUUGCUAUGGGCAAACUGUACGGCAACGACUUCAGCCAGACCACCAUCUCCCGCUUCGAGGCCCUGAACCUCAGCUUCAAGAACAUGUGCAAGCUCAAGCCCCUGCUGCAGAAGUGGCUGGACGACGCCGACUCCACCAUCUCCAACCCGUCCUUGCUGGGCGGCACUGGGAUGGACUCGCAGGACGCGAUGGGCCGGCGGCGCAAGAAGCGCACCAGCAUCGAGACCAACAUCCGGGUGUCGCUGGAGCGGGCCUUCAUCCACAACCCCAAGCCCACGUCCGAGGAGAUCAUGAUCCUGUCGGACACCCUGGGGAUGGAGAAGGAGGUGGUCCGGGUCUGGUUCUGCAACCGCCGGCAGAAGGAGAAGCGCAUCAAUCCGCCGUCGGUCAACUUGGCCAGUCUGAGCUACAACGGCGCCUCACCGCUCCUGAGCCCCUCCACCACGUCCUCGCACCUGAACUCCGGCGGCUUGCAGGUCGGCUCCCCGAUCACCACGGCCAACGCUUCCCUGGUGACCGGGAUCCAUCACGCCGGGAUGAACAUGAACGCCGCGGGGCUGAUCACCAGCGUGGCGCAGGCCGUGGCGGCCAACAACAACAACGCCACGGCGGCGGCGCUCAACAACUUCAAGAGCAUGGCCAACACCAUCACGGUCAACAGCAGCCCGCUGGCCAACGCCGUCAACUCCGUCUCCGUCCCCAGCUCGCUCGUACCAAAGUCGCUCCAUCUGGCAGCAGCGGCCGCCACGCCGGCGCCUGUCGUAACCAACGGCACCCAGCCUGCCAGCGGGCCAAUCAACACCACAGCCAACACCCUCCCAAUGGACGUUGUGACCAUGUCAGUGACCAGUCACGAUAAUUCAACGCCCGCCACGACACCUAUGGAAACAUCUGUUGUUGGCACCAAGUAGCAACCGACUUCACGUACCAAAAUAUUUCAUUGUAAGAAGCUUUUUCAGUUUUCAAGAAAACACGCACCGAGAGUGUGAAAACCUUUUUUUAAAUCGCAUUCUGUACAUUUUUUUUUAACUAACCCCAGUUUUACUGACCAUUAAAUGAAAAUGGACAGAUAUGCUGUACAAAGUUUUUCAAACAUGGAUUUCACUCCUGGUGGUUGUCAUCAGGGAAAUCGCCAAUGGUGCUUGUGUCCCUGGGCAGGAUACUUGACUGCGAUUGUUUUGUAAACUGAAUGCCUAGCAAAACAAGAGUUGCUUCAGUGCAGGAGAAAGUCCCAGGGCUGUGGAAUCACUGCCAGUUGACUGCGUUAAUUUGAGAGGAGAGUUGAGAACGUCGCGGAAAUGUUGACUUUCCCCUCGUCUGGGAAAUGACUGUGAGAGCGCACCUCGAUUCACCUUGUGGAGGAGGCGCACAGAGCGGGGAAGAAUUUUUAGUACCAUUUUUAUGAUUUCUAUGGUUUUUUAUUGUUAUUACUGUAAGUUAUUAGUGUCAGUUGUAGUGUCAGCUUCCCACAACGGACUACAUUUUAUAGGAACUCUGUCAACCCUAACCACACCUAAAGCUACAAAAUACUACUCAGUAGUAACCAGUAGUAUGCAUUUCUUUCUGUACAAGUGUGCACAACACUUGAAGUAUUCUGUGGUAUUUGGUACUUGACCCCCAUAGAGCCCUUGGGAUGUUCGGGUUAAGGCCACAGUGUGGCCUUUCAUGGGCUCCGUUCACAAGUACGCCCUCAAUGGUAAGAAAUGGAGAGUUGGGGGAGACUACUCCAAUAGACUUUCGAAGUCCUUCGCAACUUGGGUGCAAAUUGGGCACAGUGCACCCCUCAUUAGUCAACUGAGUGUAAACUGACCCAUGACUGUGCUAGUCUAUGUAGGCCAUCAUCAGCCUCAGUCCAAAAUUUUUGCCACCGGUAUCAAAUGGGGGAAAUAAUCGUCGUAGCGAUUUUUUACAAGGUACAUGUAUGCACCUCCAGAGUUGGAAAAUAUGUGAUAGCAUUGCAACGGUGGCAGCAUUUUGGGUGAUCGCCCCUUUUUUCCUCAAAAUGGCCAUCAAAAUGCUUGUUACCACUCUAGGGGUGGUAUACCUUGCGCAUGCUCAUUAUAAUCAUUUAUGCCCUGCUUUGAUACUGACCAAACCCCCAGGCUGAUGGCCUAAUGGAAUAGAUGCUUGCACCACAAGCGUCUCUGAUGUGCGUGCAAAUUAUGCAAAAACAAGACUGUGUUAUGACCUCCAGAUUCUGACUGUUCAACGGGCGCCUUCUACCGUGUCUUCCGUAACCUGAUGUUGUGCGACAAAAACAUGGCAGUCAUAUUGACCUACCAACUAGCUUUGGCUAAGUUUCUGCUCUGAAUUAUGUCAUUAUAAACUUCCAAAAGUGGGUCCGACUGGCUGGCGCACGGGUCACGUAAAAUGCAUUGCAUGACUACCAGACUACGACUUUAAUAUUCAUGUACUUGUAGGGGCCACACGCGAGUGUCUUUGUAGUACAUGUGCACUAUAGCAGCCCUCUCUUAACCCCAUGCAUACGGGAAGCGGUCAUGGCCGCGGCCGCUAAUCCUCAUUGGAAUGCAGUUGCCAGCUGUGGUAUGCCGUGGCACACAGCUAGUGGGUAGUUCCACAGCUGCUGCUUUUGUGCAGUCCCGCUACCACACAAAGGCUGUGCAGUCAUGCGGGCCACUUGCUCUCUGUGUGGAGGAAUGUCCCCAUUACACCCCGUCUAUAAGGGGUUAAAUUGUAGUUUUCUGAAGUUUCGUCACUAAGUGGGGAUGUGCCAUUGUGCCAUAGCCCCCCAUGGACUGCAGGCACACGUACCCCAUUCAAAAGUGACAGAAAUAUAUAACGAUAAACACUUGAAUGUCAUUACCGUUGUGUGUAUGGUGGCCACGUAAAGACCACAAAAGGUUCAUUUUAAAUGUGAAAUUGUAUUCACAUGAAAAGUAGUCAUGCCAACUCUUCACCUCACAGGGGCGAAUCAGCAAGCACAUAUGAUGUAUCCCACUCACGUGUGGGUCUGAACCGCGCUCGCUGGAUCGGUGGAUCUGAGUGGCCACUCACAUGUAAUAUCAUAUACUGUUUCUAAUAGAGUCCCAAGUAGUGUACAUAAGUGAUUGAGCAGCCUGGCUCUUAAACAACUGAUGAAUUGUAAAACUUUCGGAAGAAUGCACAAAUGUGCUACAUUGCAACAAAAAAUUGAGGAGUAAUAAUGAAUUCAGCUGUUCAAUUUCUUUGGUUUUAAUAUAAUUUUUGUGCGUAAAUUAUUAAGAUGACCCAACACUGUUUAAGUUGAUUAUAAUUUCAUUGGAGAGGGCAGAAACCCGACUUUAGUGGGUCUGUCAUGAACCUCUCUCGGCCAAUUUCCUGGUGCUGUGUCAAGGUCUCAGUGUUAGCAGAAUUUACUACCAUAACACACACAAAAAUGAGCUUACCGGUACGUGCUGGACACUGCAUUUCCCACAAUAGCCCUGCCUGUUACUCCUUGUAACACCUGAUACCACCCAAACUGUGGUUUCUAUCAUGGAAUAAGUACAAUGUUAUACAAUGUAAUACAAUGUAAUACAAUGUGAAUUGGAUGCCGACUCUGUAUUAGCGUAAAUACCUGAGACAGUUUACCCAUUCCUGUUGGUCGAGAGCCCGACACAUAGGUGGUUUGAAACUGCUAAUAAAACACAGGCUGGUUUGAAACACUUAAUUCCUGCACCACUGCAUUCUGCGCCACAUCGCACAGGGCGUACAGCUGAUCCCCCAUCUCCAUAAAAGGAGAUUUUUAGCGCUAUGCAGGUGAGGCACAUACAUGUACCAUGGACAUGGCCAGAGGGGUGUCUCACAAAACAUAAGUUAAACUUGUUGAACAAAAACUUUGGAUAAUUGUGGAUUUCUGACUUGUUUUGACUUUUUUUGACUGAAAGGUAUUGAUGAAUGGGAAUGCAUGUAUGCUUGGCCGGUUUUAAACAAUUACGUUUACAACCGGCUAGGAGCCUGGUUCGGAUAGUGGCCCUUGCCAAAACCGGCCAAGCACUUUUUCCAUUAUUAAUUGUGCAUAGCAGCACCAUGAAAUUGGGCGAGAUACGAAUGUUUAAAAGUGUGGCAUUUUCAUAAAAAGUAUGAUGCAACGGCCUCAUUGCAGACAUUGUUUAGUAAAAAGUGAAAACUAAACGCAAUGCUCAAACCAAACUUUCCUACCAAAACUUGGUCUGUGUUAUUUUCUAAUGAUUACUGUGUUAAACGUUACAGUUAAAUUGUAAAUUGUACAAAUAUGGGCAGUUACAUGCAACCUAUAUCAGAAAUACCAAAAAGUAAAGUUUUCAAAUGUCAUUCACCUUUUUGUAAUUCUAACUGCCAAUCGUAACAAAAGUGUGAAGCGGGCUUAUCUGUGGCCAUUUCUCAAACAUUGGCUGUUUCAGCAGCGUUGGCUUCAAUAUCCAGCUUCCUUAAUAGCCAGAGACGUAGCCAGUGUCACAUGCAGAGACCAGGUUUGAGAAAGGCCAGUCAAUCGCCAG